AUGGGUAUAAUAUCCAGUACGGGCCGAAAUAACGACGAGUUGGUGGAUAAUCUGGUCCAAGGAAAAUAUGUCCGUUUCAAAUCCGUUGAGCUGGCAAUGAGGUACUAGCUUAAUAAACUGCCCUAUGAUCGGUUUUUAGACUUGUGGACCGUGGAGAUUACUUUCCAGAGGAAGAACGAGAGAAUGCCUACAAGGAUAUGGCGUGGAAAGAGACAGAUUCGUUUGCCGGACCGGUUCAUCUAUCUGCUCCUUGUAUAUACGCAAAUGCUUUAGAGUAUCUAGAUCUACAGCCGGGUUUAUCUUUUUUGAAUGUCGGAUCAGGGAGUGGUUACUUGAGUACCGUAGCCGGGUUCUUGCUCAGUAAGUUAUCACUAUAUGAACUUACCUUAUUUUAGCUGAAACUGGGGUAAAUCAUGGAGUAGAACUCUAUGAAAACAUGGUCGAGUAUGCACAGAGCCAUCUUCAGGAUGCAAUGCAGACGCCUGCAGUAUCUGCGUUUAGCUUUUGCCAGCCAGUAUUUUUCCAAGGAUCAGCUUUUUACUUGAAGAACAAUAUUAUGUAUGAUAGGAUUUAUUGUGGAGCUCUGGUUCCUCAUCACAGGCGCUCUUUCUUUGCCAAUAUGUUAAAGAUAAAUGGAAUCUUAAUAUGUCCUUAUGGGAACGAAGUAAGUUUACUGUUGUAUCUUUUUUUAUUUUAUUUCUAGUUGAUUCGAGUUAAACGAACUGGGGCCAGGACAUUCGAAGUCUUCUCCAUCAGCCAGGUCUCCUUCUCCAAUCUAAUUGCUCCAGUGGAAAACCGAGAUUUUACUAAAGUUAAGGUGGUGUUGCCAUAUCACGAGGCCAAAUCUCUUCAAGAAAUUUGUCGAAUUGCGAUCAGGAAGGCUGUUAGAAACCAUGUCCAUCACCAAUGUCCGUUAAAGCUUCAUUUCGAAUGUGAGCCAACUUCCAAUAGGAGUGAACCGAGACGAGAGAGUCCCCUUGGGGCCGUUCUGGUGAUCGGAGAAGACGAAGAAAGAGAAACUGAGGAAGGAGGACAGAGAAAUGAGGGAGGAAGAGAUGAUGAUGAUAUUGAUCUUGAUGCGAUUCACAAUCGAGUUAGAAGAGAGAUGGACGAAACUAUGGAGAUCUUCAGGACUAUCCAGAGAAGGCAUGAGAACAUACAGAGAAGGAUCAGAGAGAACGCUGAUCCACCUUUUCAGAGAAUUUUCGCUUUGGUUCAGAAUGGUAGCACGUCCAUUAGGUGUUAAAUAUAAUUUAGGUAAUGAUCCAGAAGCUCGGGAGAAUGCCAACGCAGAGAGAAAUCGUCGGGCCACCGUCGGAUUUGUAAUCGCUGACCUCGAAGAGAACUUGGAACAAGAAGAGGAAAAUAAUGAUAAUGAUCGACGCCGCAAUCAGGUCGUCCCUCUCGGAGAAGCCUUCCAUGAUCUUGACUAUGUAAGGUUAUGCCGAAUUUUAAAGAAUAUGGUUUAGCCAUGCGAGUUUGAAAUUUUGGUUGAAGCACCGGAAGUGGAUCACAUUGAUAUGACCGCUAUCCUCCCCGACUAUGCCAGAGAACUCUUGAAGGCGCCUUUAACUCCGAAAAGAAGAAAUAUCAGAAGGACUAACGCUGACAAUUUGGGUGAGAUCCGUUUGUUUUGAUUAUUAUUUUCUCAGCUCACCACCUUCCACGAAACGACCGCGGGAUUCGGUUACACACCAUCACCUACCGAGCCGGCAGAGGAAGAGAUGGCCACAGAAUUGAACAUGUUGAAAGACUUAUCAACAGGCAAGGGCGAUUUGGAGUUUAUAUAAUUUGAUUUAGGUUGAGAGAAACCACUGUAAGAAGACAACGAGAGAUCAGAGCCAGAAGAGAAGCCUUGGAGAGAAGCAGAUCACUUAUCCCAGCGAGAGCUCGGCCAGGCACCGUUACUGAGGCACCUCGGGAAGAUCAUCAUGAUAUCCACGACGAAGAUCAGCCAACCUCCACUUCUCGGCUGGGAUUACAACCUCCCGCUUCCACUUCUCCAGAUUCUGAUAGAAAAUCUGGAACUAAAAGAUCGGCUCCAGAAUCUUUCAACGAUUAUGAUUCGUAAGCUUCCUGACAUUUUUUUGUAUUGAUGCGAUUUAUGUUUUAAUCAUCAUUAUUUUUUUUCAGGAGUGUAAAGCGGAGCGCUUCGGAUGGAAACAUUCAGGAAAUGGAAGUCUCCGAGCCGGUGAGAACUAGUCACAGCAGUCCUAGUGCUUCCAAUGUUCCGGACGAAGAACUUCCUCAUCAAGGAGAAGAUACUCACGAAUCUCUGUCUUCAACUUCCUCUUCCUCAACCUCUUCUGGCUCUUCUCCGGCUUCGAAUUUCCGUAACAGUAUGUCUGAUUCGAAUGCCGAGGAUAAAGCUGACGCCAAGGAUGAAGAAGAGGUAGGUUUUUAUUGCACUUUAUUUUUUAUUUUUUGUAGGAGAAACUUCAAAAGGAACGCCAGAAGAGAGCUAACGACCAAAACCAGAGCCUGGAGGUGUUCCACAAGCACUACAUCAAACUUAUUUCGGGUUUGCCAAUUUCGGAGCGAUUGAUUCGUUUUUUGAUUUACGAUGAGUAGAAAACGAUAACAAUUCAUGACAACAUUUGUAUCUAAAUUUGUCAUAACGAUUUCAUAAACGUCUAUUUCGCUUACCUUUGGGGUUUGAACAGAUCUCUGAAUCUCAAAGUAUUUGUUUUGUGGUGGUGUCCGUUUUUUUAGUGUAUCUUUAGUGUCAUAUGGAGAUUGGUUCCGUGUUGAAAUUAGAUUUUGAAAAGUCGUUGUGCUUUGAUAACUUUGGAGAUGGAGAACCCUGUAUUAUGGGCAUUGAUGAAGCUGGUCGGGGCCCCGUCUUAGGUCCCAUGGUCUAUGCCUGUGCUGUUACACCAAAAAGUAUGUUGAUGAAGUUUGAGGAGUUCGGAUUUAUGGAUUCGAAGGCAUUAAGUGAUAAGAAAAGGAGCAUUAUCUUCAAGAAGAUGAACGCCGAAGAGAAUAGAAAGGUAUUUAUGAUUGUUUGUGAUGCGUAAUAUUAUUCAGCUGGUUUGCUAUUGUUUUACCGAGAUCUCCGCAAGAUAUUUGAGUUCCCAGAUGCUAAACUCAAAACUUAAGAAGUCACUGAACGAAGUCUCACAUGAAUCUGCAAUAAAUCUCAUUCAAAUUGCUCUUGACUCCAACAUCAAAGUAACUGAGGUAGAUUAUAAAUUAUUGUUUGUCAUAUUGAUAUUGAACUUUAGGUCUUCGUGGAUACUGUCGGUCCAAAAGACAGUUACAAAGCAUUGCUGCAAUCCAAGUUUCCCCAUUUGAGUAUUACGGUAUCCGAAAGGGCAGAUUCUUUGUUUUCCGUAGUCAGUGCAGCUUCAAUUGUGGCCAAAGUAACUCGAGAUGAGAGGCUGAGGAAUUACGUUUUUGUAGAGAAGCAUUUGAAUUCUUCAGAAGGGAUGUUCGGGAGUGGAUAUCCAGGAGAUCCGGUCUCGAGGAAGUAUCUGAUCGAAAAUAUUCAUCCUGUUUUUGGCUUCAAUUCUUUGGUCAGACACAGUUGGAAGCCCUCGAUUAAAGCGUUGGAUAAGGCAGCUGUCAAAUGCGCAUGGUUUGUAUUUUAAUUAUUAAUUUUACUGUAGUUUAGGAUUGAUCUGACCAGCCAGCAAAAGAUUUCUUCCUUCUUCCAAAUCACCUCUGGCAAUCGAGUGAUCCCCAGAUGUAAAUAUUUCAAAAGUCGAAAACUUACUUCCGCUGUUAAUUUUUAAUUUUUUUCCGUUUAAAAAUAUCAUAAAUACUUUGAUGUCAAAUGCUAAUCAAGUUUUGAGAUGGAUAACCAAUUCAUACUUUUGAGAAUUGCAAAAAAGUAAUUAAGUCUGCUAGAAGGGCAGCUCUAAUGCCAUCAUGGGCAUCUUCAACAAGAUCUUAUUCGGUCUUGUAGCUGCUUACAUUGUCAAUUCCAUCCAUACUUUUUACCAGAUAUUCUAUUAUGACAAUUGUAAUGAUGAAAAAUAUUGUAUAAAUGUAAGUCACUUUACAAUAACUAGGGAAACGUGCUUGCAGCCAUCCCAAAACAAGAUGCGGCAUACACCAUUCUAAAGAGCUUAAGAAGCCAUACUAUGAACAACUUUUAUUUUUUGCUGACCAUGUUUUGGCUAGCCAUAAAUAGCACAUUUGCGGUUUCAAGGAUAAAAGUUCGGUUUCGACUUUACGGUCGCCGAAAGAGUUCAGAAAAAAAGUAAAAGUUGCUUCUAGUACAACUUUUUGAGCCCUUUUUUUGAAACUUGUUUUGUGAUGGGCGGUAAGUACACUUAAAACUUUUAGCCCUUGAUCAAACGAGAUAUUGGACACGCAUGGCCUCCAGUUCAAUUGAGAGUGUAUUUGGGAGCUGAGAAACGACAUCAAAAGGAUGAUAUUACUUUAGUUUAUCAGAAGAAAAAUUUUGAUUUGGAGACCAAUUUUGAAGAUAUGAUCCAAUACGAGAUACCGCCGAUCCUGAAAAACAAUGGAAGCCUAAGGGCAUACGUUGUUUUGGUAGAGAAUGACUUUGAACUAGACGAUUUGAAGAAAGCGGUAAAUGAAAAGCGACUGUAUUCUAAUCAAAUUGCAGAAUUGGCAGUCCAGUGAUGCUGAAUUAUUAUCCAGAUACGAUUUACCCAAAGAUAAGGCUUUCAGUUUGGUCACAGAAGAGAAGACGGAGAAGGUGUGUGUGUAUUUUAUUUUUUGUUUUCCAUUAAGAGUUCACGUUCCUUGAUAACUUUCAGGAAAAGAAAACGCCCAUUCCCCACAUGUCAAGUGUUAUCCCAAUCAGCUUCGUCCUUGAUGAUAUUAUAUUUGAUGAGAGAAGAAUCCCGGAUGAAACAAGGAACAGAAUCUCAAUCUUGAGGAAGGACGGAAAGAAGAGUUAUGCUCCCAUUAUCAGCAUCGAUAACAUGAGGAUUCGAAUGUCUGAAGAAGUGGAAAUAGAUCCGGAAAUGAAGGCGGCCAAUCUGAGUAUAAAUUACAAGCCAAUUUCAUGGGGAAGAUACCGUCUGGGUUUGCAUAUGGAGAUGUCUUUUCGACAAUUAAAGGGCAUGGGAUUUGGCGAUAAGGACUUUGAUGAUGUAGGUUUAGAAGCUCAAGUGUCGAAAGGUCCGCUGAGCAAAAACGGCCCGCAUUUUUUUCCUAACCGCAGUGGGAUCUGGAGGCUUUACAAUUUUGUUAGGGUAACCGGCGGCGUUGAUUUCAAAAUCCAAUUGAUUUUUUCUGAUCUUUACUUGUUUUUUUAAUCUACACUCCGUUACGAAAGUAUACCCCCUGGAAAAUUGCAGUAUCUAAGGUUUGGUAAGAGCUAUCAAAAAAUGCUUAUGCCAUCCGAAAGAGCAUCGAAUCAGCCGUUGAAAAAAAAUUUGGUCGGUUUGGCAACUGUUUUAAAAGCGACUUCGCGAGAAUUUGAAUCAACCGGUAACAGUGAUGUGCGGUAGAAUUUUCCUAUACAAUUUUUUGAGUUUAAAUGAUAUUAUAGAAUGGGUCAUCUUUAACCCGUCUCCAAAAUAUUUUUGAAAAAUAUGGCAUGAUGACAGAUAUAUGGCAAAUUUACGUACUUGAAGAAAACGGUGUAUAACGUCCCUACUUUUGCAACCAGGACGCUGAAACCUUCUGAAAAUAUGUUUUGUUCGUCAUUUUUAUUGUUGAUACAAUUUGGUCGGGAUUACCGUAACACGGUGAUUUUGGAACUGUGUACAUUAAGAAUAACAAAAAAUCUCCAUCUUGACGAUUUCACGCGAUUUCAUGAAACUUUUUUCCAUAUUCGGAAUCAGCGUUGAAUUCUGCAUCGGAUGGAGUACCACGCAUUGUACAGGGUGGGCCACUCGAAGCUUCCGUUCAUUAGAAAAAAUGGGUUGGAUUUUUUAAAUUAGCGCAGUUGAUUACCGUACACCCCUUCAUAUCUCAACGGGCAUAGAGAAAUCGUUUCUGCGGACCUCUUUGUACCGACCGUUAUUAUCUGAAACAAAAUUUAGAUGAAAGCCAUCUUUAACGAAAUGAACUUCCCAUUCUUGGUAAUGAUGGUCUCCGUGGCUGCUGUUCAUCUUCUUUUUGAUUUCCUCACCUUCAAAAAUGAUGUCCAAUUCUGGCAACAAAGGAAAACAAUGGUGGGGAUAUCCACGAAGACCUUGUUGUGGAGAUGCGUCAGUGAAACGCUCAUCUUCUUCUAUCUGGCGGAUGAGAAAUCGAGUUAUUUGGUGUUAAUUCCUUCAGGCAUUGGUACCAUAGUUGAAUAUUGGAAACUGAGAAGGGCCCUGAAAAUGGAGCUCUAUCUGAAGAAGGGAUGGAUCCCAUGGCUAAGAUUUGGGAAACUUAACAAAGAAGAAGAAAAGACAGAAGCUCUGGACUCGGAAGGAAUGAGAUAUCUCACCUUUCUCCUCAUCCCUUUGUGUGUCAUCGGUGCCAUUUACAAGUUAGUUUUUCUUUUCGUUUCAAAAAUGAUUUAUAUUUUAUUACAUUACUAUAUGUAUGUGUUUAGUUUGUUAUAUGUGCCUCAAAAGUCAUGGUACAGUUGGUUGAUCAAGUGUCUGGCCAAUUGUAUUUAUGCCUUCGGGUUCCUGUUUAUGUUACCUCAACUUUUCCUCAAUUACAAGCUCAAAUCCGUGGCUCAUCUUCCCUGGAGAGCUUUUAUGUAUAAGGCAAGUUUCUAUGUGUAAUGAAAUCUAACGUUUUUAGGCCUUUAACACCUUCAUCGAUGACGUUUUUGCAUUUAUAAUCACCAUGCCCACUGCCCAUCGUCUUGCGUGUUUCCGCGACGAUCUUGUUUUUGUCAUCUUCUUGUAUCAACGAUAUUUAUAUCCAGUUGAUAAGAGUCGAGUCAACGAAUUCGGAGAAUCCUUUGAAGAUGACAAGAAGAAGAAGGAGGAAUGA